AUGGAAGAUGCUGAGGGGCAGCCGGGGGAGUGGAUGCUAAUGGAGCUCCAGGGGGAGAUCGAAGCCCGAAAAGACGAUGGAGUGGCUGGAAAACUGAUGGGUGACCUGCAUUUCACUAAGGAGGGUGUCCCCCUUCUGAUUAUUGGCCAUCACAUCCUCUAUGGGAAGACCGCACGUUUAGAGAAACCCUUUGCUGUCCUCGUGAAGAGUAGCAUUGUCUCCCAGGAGGCAGCUGAACACGCUUACGUGGAGACCAAGUACACGGUGACCGCACUUAUUAAGAAAAAGAUAAUUUUUAAGACCAGGCCAAAGCCGAUCAUCACCAACGUUCCCAAGAAGGUGUGA